GCGCCUUAGCUUCAUGACGUCAAUUUCCUCCGACUCUAGUCAAGAUAGCGAUUUGAUCGUUUGAUCUGAAAAGAACAACAUCAGCGGAGGAUGAACCUAAAUCCUGGCUGGCUGCUGCUUCUCUCCAUCGCUGCCGGGGUCUGGUCGGUGCCUAUUGAUCGCAAUGGAGGCCACCAAGAAGUUAAAGAGGAAGUACCGGAGGAGAAUGCUGACACAGGCCUGUACUACGACAGGUAUCUCAGAGAGGUGAUCGAGGUUUUGGAGACUGACCCUCACUUCAGAGAGAAACUGCAGACAGCCAACACAGAGGACAUCAAGAAUGGCCGCCUCAGUAAGGAGCUGGACCUGGUCGGUCACCAUGUCAGGACUCGGCUGGAUGAGCUGAAGCGGCAGGAGGUGUCUCGGCUCAGGAUGCUGCUGAAGGCCAAACUGGACAGCACCAACACACAGAGCCUCCAGAUGGACCACGCCUCCCUGCUGAAGCAGUUUGAACAUCUGGAUCCACACAAUCAAAACACGUUUGAGGCAAAAGACCUUGAGCUGCUGAUCUCGACGGCCACCAAGGACCUGGAGAACUACGACGCCGAGAGACACGAGGAGUUCAAGCGCUACGAGAUGCUGAAGGAGCACGAGAGGAGAGAGUACCUGAAGGGCCUGGACCUGGAGAAGAGGGAGAAAGAGGAGAAGAGACUGCAAGAUUUGCAGGACAAACACCGGCAGCACCCUAAAGUUAACUCUCCGGGAAGUGUUGCUCAGUUGCGGGAAGUUUGGCAGGAGACAGAUGGCCUGGAUCCACAAGAGUUCAACCCUAAAACCUUCUUCAAACUGCAUGAUACAAACGAAGAUGGUGUUUUAGACGAGCAGGAACUGGAGGCUCUCUUCACGAAGGAGCUGGAGAAGGUCUACGAUCCAAAGAAUGAGGAGGAUGAUAUGAUGGAGAUGGAGGAAGAAAGGCUCAGGAUGAGGGAGCACGUCAUGAAGAAUGUCGAUACAAACAAGGACCGGCUCGUCACUCUGGAGGAGUUCCUGAAAUCCACAGAGAAGAGGGACUUUCAUAACCCCAGAGAGUGGGAGACUCUGGACACGAAGCCGGCGUACACGGAGGAAGAACUCCAGCGUUUUGAGACCGAGCUCCGAGACAAAGAAGAAGAUCUGAAGAGGAGGGCGGAGACGCUGCGGCAGGAGCAGGACCUGCUGAAUGAAAGAGGCAAAGCCCUGGAGGCUCAGAAGAAAGAGUACCAGCAGGCGGUGUUAGAGAUGUCCCAGAGGCAGAAAGAGCAGCAGGCAGCAGAUGGGCAGCCCCCUGCAGGCCCUAAUGGAGAACUACAGUUUCAACCACAGGCCCCGAAACCUGAAGUUAAAGAGGAAAAAGCUCCAGCUGAGCAAGAAGUUCAAGUCCAGAACAAUCUGCCUGCAGAGCCUCCACAGAAUCUGCCUCUAGAAACUUAACGCAGCACGCUCUGACAGACUUCACACACACACACACACACACACACACACACA